GUAAGUAGGUGGACCGAAGAAACAAAAAACUUAUGUACUGUGCUUGGUUUGGCACUUGUUCGAAUAUACGAGCUGAUCGUGUCAGAAAGUCAUACGCAAAAUCAUUGCCUUCUCGUUCAUAAGCCGAUCUUGAAUCCGCUGCUUCGAUUAUUUGAUUGGUUCGUGACUUAUUGGUUUUUGAUGCGACUUCGGUCCAACAAAUUGGGUCAUCCGUCGGCUACGGAGAAACAUUUUGUUGUGCUUUUGAAUCAGAUUUGUACAAAAUUAGCCGAGGAUCGUACAUUACUACAUUUCUUCUUUUCUUGCGCGGAAGGUGCUGAUCAAUUCAUCGUCUUUUCACUGCUCAUUCCAUAUUUGUAUGAACAGAACGAUGUUGGUCAAUUGGCUCGUGAUGCUCUUCUACUUAUUCUUUCUGUGUCAGCAAAUCAUGAACAGAUUGCCGAAUUUGUUAGUGCCUUUUGUCCUGUGGUCGCUACUGGUCUUUCUGGUUGUUUCUCACAAUUAAGUCGUAUUCUUGCCGGUGAUGGUGUGGAAAGGCUUGUACCUGAGCACACUGCUGAAUCGCUGGCCAAUUUUCAUUCUUCUCUUCUUUUUUGCAAUGCCGUUGUUCAGGCCGCACAUCCCGCUGUUGUGGAGCAAAUUUGCAGUUUCUUCUAUUCGGGAUUUCUGAUAUCCGUAGUGAAGCCAGCACUUCUGCAGGAUGAGCAGGAAAGCGUUGCGGCAGCUACAGUAUACCUUCAACUAUGCAUAGAAACGGUCACAGAACCAUCUCUUCUUCGCACGGUCAUCCGGAUGCUUCUUCUGGAACGAGAUGAUGAGCGGCGAUUACUUAUUGAAGUGAUAGUAAGACGGAUUGCAAGUGGAGAUAAGUUAUAUUUGAUUUCCUUCAACUUUCAGAUAUGUUCGGAAGAUACGUUGGCCUUGUACAUGCACGAGGGAGCGCAACUAGUUGAGCGGCGAGUACGCUCUUGUAGCGCAUGGAAAUGGCGAUAUGAUGGAGUGACUCCGAGCCCAGUAUUGUUCCGCGGCGACAGCGAUGAAGAACCAAACACACAUACGGUAGAUUUGGACACCUUCAUUUCACUGUUGGAUCGAAGAUCUGUGACCAGUAAACAUAAGAUUUCAUCAACUGAAGUGAUGGCUUUCAUUGACUCAAAGCUACAGUUUAUGAGGGAGUUGGAAAGUGAAAAGACGGAAGCUCCUCAGAAAGAAGCUGACAAGAAAGAAAGGGAACCGAUUGAAGUUGCGGUCACACUUGAGCUUCAAAUAACGGAAAUCCUUUCAGAUCGAUCUCUUCUCCUUGAGUGCCUAAUGACGCAACUUGAAGAAAUGACGGAUCAUUCACUAGCCUUCAACCUGCAGUUGGCGAAUGUGUUGUGCUCGUUGGCAGCGUAUCCACAACCGCUGUUGGUGGCCAGUAUUUUCAAUACCAGCCCCAAUAGUAAGGUGCCCGAUUUGAUCAGGGUAGGUUUGAGGGCACGAGUCGACUCUGCAGCGUCGAACAUUGAAGGGCUUGACGUUUAUGUUGGAAGAGCACUACGUACGUUGAACGGAAGGGCGGAGAAGAUGGAACGGCAUUUCGACGGCUACAUUGCACGGUUAGCUAUUUAUUGUAGAUGA